AUGGUCUGGCGCGACAAGACGCUUAGACAGCGUCACUGCUCAAGCAGCGGCGAGGGGGAGCAGACCUCAGAACAAAACACCCCAAAACCACGAAACGACUCCGUAAACAAGCAACUGACGCAAGAGACGCCCUCUCCAACACGUUCAAGCUCGCCAUUCCCGUUUCGCAGCCAAAGACAACGAUUUGGCGACGGACAGCUAAACGAAGACGCGCAGAGACCAACAAGUACCCUGUCCACAGACAACCUGCCCAGCGGGAACAUAGUCCCGCCUAUGCUUCCUGACCCAGUGUCGAAGAAGACUUCACGACCUGUAGUGAACCCCGCGCCAGGAACCGAAAGGUCCGGCUUCAUCAAGAAGUGGAUCGGCAAACUAUGCAACAUCUUGAAGCGAAAGCCAUCCGCAACUGCAGCAGCAGCGCCAUUGGCACCACCAGCAGACGCCAGUGGACGUGCAAAUCCAGUUGCACGACCAGCAAGCAUCUUCACUCAGUCUCGAACUUGGGUGAACCGUCACCAAACCCCCAGCCGACCCCGCCUCAGUGACCGACCCGCAACCCCAGCUGCAGCUCCUGUACCACCCAGCUCCACCAAGGACAGUAACAACGCCAGCAUGGGAGCCUCUACAGAUGCCGAGGCAGCAUCAGACUACGAGGCCAGCUUCAACAGUGUAGCAGGACCGAUCCCGCACCACUGGCGGGCCGCGCCUCCAGUCACCCGGGUCACUCCAGAGACGCUUGAGCUCAGGCGAGUCAUUGCAGAGAGCCUUAGAAACGGAGAUGUGUUUGAUGCUAGGGACGGUUGGUUCGAUCCGGAUGCUCCUGAAGAUGUGCUGGAGGACUGGCGACUUCAGCAUAAGGCGCUCGUGGAAGAUCAUGAUGAGGACGAUAUUGGUAGAGGGAGGACUCUCUCUAGGGGUCGUCGUCGUCGUCCGCCGCUUAUUUAG